AUGUGUAUUAUAAGACCAGCGCACCCCGCACUCUCGUGCACGGGCGAGCUCCUCGCCGGCCUCAGUGCGCUCGCCGGCCUCAGUGCGCUCGCCACCGCAGACCCGGCGCUCGCCAUCCAGACGCACAUCUCCGAGAACCCGGCAGAGAUUGCGUUCACGAAGGCGCUCUCCCCGCGCGAGAGCCUCGGGGAGGGGGAGACUACGUAUACGGGCAUGUACGAUGUGUACGGGCUCCUCCGGCACAACACCGUGCUCACACAUGCGGUGCACCUCGACGAGCACGAGGUCGCGCCCAUUUGGCACGCCUGCGACGCCGACAUCGCCCACUGCCCGACGAGCAACUUCAACCUCCGCUCCGGCUGCGCGUGCGUCGGCAUGCUCCUCAACGCCGGCGUCGAGGUCGGACUGGGGACGGAUGUCCCGGGCGGCUUCCCGCUCUCGAUGCUCACUGCCGUCCAACACGCGAGCAUAUGCGCCAAGGUCGUCCCCGCCGCCGGCCCGCCCCCUGCGCACACGACGUUCACGGACCGACAGCUGCCCGUCCCCUCGCUCCUCCACCUCGCGACGCUCGGCAGCGCGGCGGUGUGCGCGCUCGCGCAGCACGUCGGCUCGCGCCCGGCAAGGCGUUCAGCGUGGGCAACCCGGCCGUGUGGGGCGUCGCACUUCGCAUGGAGCCCCGUCUUUUGA